AUGGUUCGAAUCGCAAUUGCCGGCGGCUCUGGAAACGUCGGACGAGAGAUUCUUGAUGCUUUGGUAGCUAGAGGCAAGCAUGAAAUCCUAAUUCUAUCCAGAAAGGAUGACCCCGCCACCAAUUUUGGCCCGGGAGUCAAAUGGGUCCAGACGAACUACGAUGACGUUGCCCACUUGGCUCAAGUGCUCGAGGGAGUUCAUACUGUUCUGUCUUUUGUUGCCGGGCCUGCCGAUCCGACGAAUGCCGCACAGAGGGCUACCCAGAAGAAUUUGAUCGAUGCCUCUAUCAAAGCUGGCGUUAGACGAUUUGCUCCUAGCGAGUGGGGUUCUUCCAAAUUCGAGCACAUGUUCUGGUAUGGCUUCAAGGAAGAGACUCGAAAGUACCUUGCUACCAUCAACAAAGAUAAGAAGGUCCUUGAAUACUGUCUGUUUCAGCCGGGACUGUUCACCAACUACAUGACGUACCCGUUCAACUCCUCCAAGCAUGUUCAGCUCUUCGAGACACCCUUCAACUUCUAUCAACGUCGCGCCCUGGUCGUCGGCGAAUGUGAAGACGCUAUCAUAACCUUCACUACCGCGCAGGAUUUGGCCAAAGUAGUUGCCUUAGCCGUGGAGUACGAAGGCGAGUGGCCUAUUAUCGGCGGGGUCCAAGGCGCCCAGGUGUCAAUCGCUCAACUCAUUGCACUAGGCGAGAAGAUCCGAGGCGGGCCGUUUGACGUGACCAAGCUCAAGGCCGAUGACCUCAAAGCUGGAGUCAACUUGGAUGCUGUCGCCCCUAGCAUGCUCUCGGGAAUGUUGCGGGGUAUUGUGGCUGGCAACUUGGAGUGCUCUGACGAAUGGAACCGUCUCUUGCCCGGGUAUGAGUUCACUCAGCCUGAAGACUUUCUGGCCACCGCGUGGUCGGAGAUUGAGGCGGGAGCCAAGAACACCUUCACGUCCUAA